UGUUGACAAAUGAGGUUUCAUCUUUGGUUCGGACAUAUUUGUGCAGUAGGAUAAUAUAUCUUUGUUUUCAAUUUGUAAUUCAGUUUCCUUGUACGUAGUGAGUUUAGGAUAUCGAUGCUCUUCACAUGGAAUGGUUCGCAUCAGUUUCUUUAGAGAAUCACAGUGUUAGAAAAUCAGGUGAUAUAAGGAUUUUUAGUGUCAUUCUGGCAACAGUGUAACACCAGUGAAAAGCGCAUCGCUGAAAACUGAAAGAAAAGAAAAACGUUGAACGCGCGCGGCCUGACUAGCACAAAACUUCGUUCCAGAGAGUUUAAAAUUAGACAAAAUUCUUUAUACAUCAUAGUUGUUUGUGUAUGGUAUCUGAGAAUUCCUACAAAACGUGGAUUUUUGAUGAUAGAGUGAAAGUUCCUUGUUGUUCAAAAGUGGUUUGCAGCGUCGAAAAAAUCACAAUGCCUUCCUUGUCCUCUCCAACACAAUCAAUGGAUACGGUAUAUCCCGAACCCAUGUCGAGAUUAAACCGUAGGGUUGUUCCGAAGAAAAGAAGAGGUGGUUCCGCUAGAUACAGAACGCAACCAGUAACAUUUUCAGAGAUACAGGAAGUGGAUGAAGAAAACGUCACAGAAGAAGUUAUUCCAGAGACGACAACCUCAAAAUCCGAACUGAGCCUCAUCAUGAACAAAAAAUUUGAGGAAUUCAAGAGGACCAGAGAUAUUGACAUCCUAUCCGGUAGUAAAACUGACGAGCUACUGGAUUGUAGUAAAAAUGCUCCACUGUCUACAUCGAGAUCCAUAGGACGGCUACCUUCAAGACCUUCUUUCUAACGCAGUGAAUGUACCUACUACUUAGAUAUAAGGGUUAGAAAAAGUAUUUUAGAAGUACCCAACGUUUUGAAAAUGCCUGUUUUCCACUCCGCUUGUCUAUCAUCCAUCAUCCAAGUACUGAAGAACGUUGGUGUUUUGAAAAGGGUCUACAUGUAAUUUGGUGACAAAAAGAAUCUUUAUUCCUGAUUUUUUUUUGUCUUGGUGCAAGUAUCUUUCAGUUUUUUUGAAGUGUUGAUACUUCAUGAAAUGCUUUGCAUAUUUAGAUUUUCCACUUUCAAUAUAUAGUUUUUCGCAUGAAAUUGAAA